AUGGCGCGGGACAACCGAUUGCUCGUUGUCGUGGCAGGCGUCACGGUCGUCCUCGUGCUCGCUCAGUUUGUGCUGAUUAGCGAGCAAUCAGCAGUGUAUGUCGUGCAGGAGGACGAGCCGAUGCAGUUGGAAGCGCAGAAGGCGGUACAGGGGAAGAAGACGCUCGUGUUUGAACAGCCCAAGACGCUGCCAGUCGUGUUGAUGCACGGUAUGGGUGACGCUGCGAGGAACGGAGGUAUGCUGCGCAUACAAAAGGCAAUCGCAGAGCGUCUUGGAACUUAUGUGGCGAACGUGCAGCUGGGCGAGUCGGUGCAUGACGAUGUGACCAACAGCUUCUUUAUCACGAUGGACAACCAGACAGCAAUGUUUGCUGACAUUGUGCGAAAGGACCCACAACUGGCGCUCGGAUUCAAUGCGGCGGGGUUCUCACAGGGCAACUUGUUGAUUCGCGCGUACAUUGAGCGGUAUAACGACCCACCAGUUCACAAUUUUAUCUCGUUUCAUGGACCGCUUGCUGGCGUCGGAGGACUUCCACGUUGCUCGCCUCUUAACUUUAUCUGCAAGGAAAUUGACAAGCUGAUAGGAGAAGCAGUCUACACCGAAGAAGUUCAAGAGCGCAUCGCACAGGCAAACUACUACCGAGACCCGCUUCGUAUCGAUGCCUACCUCAAGCAUGCGAGGUUCCUCCCCGAUCUGAACAACGAGCGGACGCCGGUCAACAAGACGUACAAGGACAACUUUACCAAGCUGCAGAACCUCGUGCUUGUCCGCGCGAACCAGGACACGCAGGUCUUUCCCAAAGAGUCGGAAUGGUUUGGCAUGUACGAAGACGGCGAUCCGUAUCACCACGUGCUGCGCUUCAACGAGACGCGGUGGUACGAGGAAGAUUUGUUCGGCUUGAAGACGCUCGACGCGGCCGGUAAGGUGCACUUCUUGUCCACGGACGGCGACCACCUGAGGUUCUCGAUUGACUUUAUACUUGGCGUGGUCGACAAGUACUUUCGUCCGCGCCUGACGACAAACUAG